AUGCGACUGCCAUCGUUUACUGCAGCCACCUCGCCCCACCCUCAACGUAUUAAAUCCCCCUCACAUAGAGGGAAAAGUGAGGAAGUAGAAAUAGUGCAAGGUGGGACAGGGUGUGGCCUUUUGUUUAUGCAGCGGGUUCCGCCGCCGACGAGAGCCCUUCCGCUUCUCGUGGCUUCUUCAGGUUGCGGGACUUGGGUGGAUGUGCUCUCUGUGUAUAAAAGUGUUACAGAACUGCUUUCGGGGGUGUACCAGCCUACAACUGAGGAGCUAAACCAAGGGCUUUUGAAAAUGGAGAAUUCUUGGAGUGCAUCAUUGUUUUACUACGGAAUAAUAAAGGGAAUAUGUGGGCAGGUACGUCCGCACACGCGCCUUGUCGGUACAGCACUGGAAAGAUUUAAACGCUAUAGUAAUUUCUACGCCAUCAAGCGGAUAAUGGAGGAGGAUGUAGACGCCACAACUUAUCAGGGAACCAGGUCAGCUUUGGUGUAUGCUUCCUUCACAGGCAUGUGGGAGCAUGCCAUACAUCUUUACAAGAAACAUCCGGGGAUGCGCCAGAGCAUAACCGACACGCGCAGUCUCAUAAACAUAUUGUCGUCUAACGGCCGCUGGGGUGAAGCCAUUAAAGUGUUGCACCAACAGCCGUUGAUGUCGAUGGCUCCCUCAAACAUUAAACCGAUUGUUCGAGCUCUGGGUGUAGCGGGGAAAUAUGACAAAAUGCUGCGACUUGUAGCCUCCUCUUUGGCGGAGGGGCAUCAGGUAAAUGUUUCCCUUUUCGGCUCCCUAGUGAAGCCCUUGCAAAAAUCCGGUCAGUGGAUAGCGGCGUUGGACGCAGCUGCGGAUUUGGGGUUAUUUUCCUCUUCUAGAGAGCCCGACCAAAGGAUCACGGCAACUUACACAAGUCUAGUGGACUGUCUUUACUCUUCCGACCCAUACCACAACUUUACUCUUCACGAUGUUAUUAAUGACAUCACGUAUCGAAUGCACCCCCGAGAUGAUUCUUUUGGUCCACCUCCCAGAAGCGACAAGACAUUUCGGUUGCUAUCAACUAGUGAGGUACACCGGAAGUACCGUCCACUCCUGAACUCACUUAGCAACAUCUGCGCGAAGGUAAUGUCAUUGAAUGACCUCCACGGGCGUCCCGUGUCUGAGCUUGCGGAUGAGGCAUUUAAGCGAGGUGAUGUGCUGCUGGUGUUCGACACCAAUUUUCUCAUUCACUGCGCGUCCAAGAACCUGGCGCUCAGCCACUUUUACGUCCACAUAAGAAAGCAAUAUCCUCACCUCGAAGGCAAGUCUCUGCGUCGCGUUAUCAUUCCUUUUACAACUGUACGUGAGGCCCACCAACUAGUAUGGAACUCCGCUGCGCCGCUGAAGCGGGCAAUGCGCACGCUGCUGUGGAGUCGUGUGACUGCUAUUCUCAGGGACCCUUCGGUGGAAGUCUUGGCUCUGUCAUCAGAAUUCCCCUGCAUUUCGCUUUCCGUCAUCUCAUGUAUGGCAUAUUCACGUCUCAAUGAGAUGGCAAGUGAGAAUGAUCCCGACUUACGCAUUCUCAAUACUUGUGUUGCGCUUCAGUACGCCUUUCGACAGCGUAGCGCUGCGUUACUUCAGGGUAUAGAGCAGAUAUCCGACGGAACGAUGCUCUUCGCUUUCAUUAAGUACCAUGUGCGCCGCCAUCACCGCGACGUGCGCGGGAUCGCAUGUGAUCAGUUGCUGCUUUGCACGAUGGAUAAGCGUCUUUCAUUAGCUGCUGAUGAGCUGGGCAUUCAGACCUUCCCGCGCUUCCAAGGACUGGAAGAAGCCGCUGUCAAAUCGGAGGAAAAUUAG